AUGGCGAAUGAACAGGAAGCGUAUAGGCUCUUCUUCGUCGACAAGGACCAUCCAAAACAAAUUCAAUCCGUCACGAUUCUGAAAACCGCGUUCGUUGAAGAUCUUCAGCAUCAAAUCCAACAGCGCCGUUACAAGGAUGUGGACCCGUCCGAACUGGCUUUAUUCCAGGUAGACAUAUCGGAUGAAGGCGAUUUAGCCCAGAAAAUCGAGGAAAAAAAGAAGGACCUGGGCUCACCGCUCCUUCCAAGUCGCCGCCUUAUCCGUUACUAUCCCUCAACCCCCCCGGAAGAUGCUAUACAUAUCCUUGUCAGGUGCUCUGAAUUGCCCCAAGAGUUCGAAUCGGUCAAUUCCCAAGCAGAAGACUACAUCUCCCUCGAACUGUCCAACAAGGGCACAUACAUGAAUGCCUCGAUCGUCAACGUCCAUGAAUGUGGCAUAACCCAAACAGAAUUUCCUCCCCCAAGCCUCGAAGAGUUUCGCCGGAGCCUAAGAAGACGACGCAUUUACCGGACACAAGACGCAGUUUUGAUGGAGCAAGUCGAACGCCAAUGUGAUGAGAUAGGUCUCAAGUUUGAAGACUACUUCCAACCAGAAGGUUUGACGAAUCCGAUCGAUAAAAGUGGUCUUUUCGGGAAGGCCGAAGCACGGCACUACUCCGACAUACUUAGAGAGCCCGAAUACCUCAAUUUAGCAUACUACAAAACCGCCAAAGAAACCGUAGUUCAUUCUCUGCUCGCCAAACUUAUGCAUUCAAACGACACCUCUCCCGCCUCCCUGUGUGAAUACCUCUUUAACGCAUCCUGGAAUGUUCCCAUCGUGGCGAGGUUACGUAACUCAAAUAGUUGCGUCCAAACGACUCCAAGAAGCGACAUGCUUCUCAACACUGAUCGAUUACCCAUGGUAAUCAUGGAGAUUGCGUCUGGUACUGGGGGAGAAGAUGAAUACAAGAUGAUACUUCAAGCAGGGGCGUUAUUGAGGAUGGCGCAUUACUUGAAAUACGACGAACUCAUCGUGACUGCGAUCUACAUCAGUAACGACUUUAUUGCGACCCGAUACUUGUUCUGCCUUUCGGACCCAAAGUCGAAGCAGGUUGUUUAUACCAAGGAUCGGUUUAUCCUUACAGAAGGUCGCGAUCUAUUCGAAAUGGUCUUGGAGCUCUACAAUUUGAUGGCUCUGUCAAAACAACAAAGCUCGAGUCUCUCGCAAGAUAAAAUAAAACUAAUGACUGCAACGGUCAACGCGAAAAACAUCCCUAAAAUGACUGGGACACCUAGAGCAUCCAAACGAACUCGUGAGGAUGACCGCACCAGCCCUAGCAGCAAACGAAUGAACACAAAUCAAGGAGGGACAGACAGAAUGAAUGAAUGCAUCAUCAAUGCAGGAUAUGCUCUGGCGUGGCAUCAUCUUCCACAGGAUGGGAAAGAUAUAUUCGAACUUCUCUUUCCGUUCCCCGACAAUGUCCGCGAAGCGACGAGGCGGGACGGACUCUCGGUCAUCAUCAAGCGAGUCAAACAUAGAUCAGAGGUAGACAUCUUGAGGUACCUUGAGAGUCGUGGAGGCGUAAAUGACCAUAUAAUUGCGUUACUCGACGUGCUCGAGUUCGACGCGCAAUGGCUUAUCGUCAUGCCGAAGCACGUCAGGCUCCGUGAGGCUACGCAUCUGUUGUCAACAGCCUCUACUGUCUAUUCGUUUCAAAAGCAGUUCCUCCAAGGUGUCGCGUUCAUGCACGCCAAUGGAGUUGCGCACCUGGACCUCAAGCCGGAUAAUGUUGUCGUUGACUUUGGAAAGAGGUCAAGGGACAAAGACCAAGGCACGCUUUAUAUUAUCGAUUUUGGAGUUGCAGAGAUGAAUGUGACGACAAGCACGACGAUGAAGGACUUGUGCGGGACGUAUGGUUGGACUGCACCGGAGAUUCAAGACGGCCAAACUUGGAGUCCUAUCUUGGCGGACAGAUGGGCGUGUGGCAAGAUGCUACUCUAUAUUGGCGAGCAAAUCAAGUGGACCUCGCGCGUGCAGGACCUCGUACGGCGAUUGAUGGAUGAUGAUCCUCAGGCUCGACCUCCCAUAGAGGUCAUCCUCGAGCAUAUUUUUGGGGGACCAGGACAUCAUCCUGGCACGUCGCUAUCACUUCUUGUACACAUCACCACAGCCAUGAAGCUUCCAUGCUUCCAUUUGUACAGGCAGAACAAGCGUCGACAUAAUGGACGGCACCGGAAAUUCAAGAUUCAGGUUACGGCAGAACUCACCAAAACGACGCCGUCAAGUAUCGUUAGGGCUAUGCCUGAUGUCUGGACGGCGUCGCACAAGUUCACCGCCGAAUCGUGGCUCUUUUGGCUCACCUGGGUCGCGCCUUGCGUCCUUAAAGGCCAUCUACCGACCGAACACUACAACCAUCACCUGCUUUUCAGUAAAAUAAUCAAGCGGGUGACGUCUCGUGAGCUUACCGAGGCCGACGUGGACGAGCUGGACGUAUGGACAAGGCAAUGGCAUACGGAAUAUGAACGACUAUAUUAUCGCUACAAGUACAGCCGUCUAUCGGCAUAUCCACUCACCAUACACCACCUCAUCCACAUGGCCGGCGACACACGCGCUUGCGGACCGUUGGCACGCGUCUGGGAAUUCGUGACCGAGCGCAUCAUGGGACUGGUUGCACUUAGCGUCACCAGUCGACGAUUCCCAUUCUCUCAGCUGGCCAACACCCUCCGAUACACGGGGCAGAUGCGGAUGAUUGCGAUUCGCUAUGGGCUUGAAGACAAACUCAACUUUUUCCCUCAACAUCGCAACUACAAUAAGAUUGGUCGUGGGGAACAGCACUUCCCAGAUAUCGAUGAAACGACCAUUCUUAUUUCACCCUAUCAACGUGCAUACAAGUGGUCCGACAAGCAUCGACUACUUGCGGCGAUCUACUUCAAGACGUGGCUCGAUCUCUCUGCAAGAGACGUCGACAUCGCAAAGAAACUCAAGAAGCGUGUCAAGAGACGGGGGAAGUUUCGGGUGAAGGGAGAGCAGGCUGUGACGCGAUCUGUAUAUGGCAUGGAGAGCGUCUUGGAGGAUUCGAGUCGUGACUCAUCAUUUGUUCGGCUCGAAUUAUAUCCGGACGAGAACGCAUCCGAUAUCGACACACCUGACGUGCCGUUUCAUCAAGUCUUCUAUGGCCAGCUCCUCUACAUCGUCAAGGUGACCCUCAAGAAAUCGAAUAGCAUUGUUAACCGCAAGGAGCAUACUGCUAUACUGGGGUUUCGGUAA